GAUCUAAAAGUUCGUGGUGCGCUGCUUUCAGUUGUGUUUCGUAGUGCGGUCGAGUAAAAGCUUUAUAAUGCUGCUCCGAUAUUAUAUAUUACUUGCGUUGUUGCCUAGUGGAAUAUAUGCUCACUUUUGUGACAGACGAGAAUGGACAAAAAUAAAUGGAGUCUUAAAAUCAAGUGCAAUUAAAGUAUGCUGUUUUGGUUAUAAACAACAAAUCAUGAACAAUGGAAUUGGUUUGAAAUGUGUGCCUAUAUGCAAAGGGGAUUGUGGCAAUGGAACCUGCAUCAGUCCCAAUAGUUGCAGCUGUAAUGUUGGAUAUACUAAUAAGGACAAGGAUCCAGCUAAGAGAUGUGUGCCAAACUGUGUCGGAGGCUGUGGCAAGGGGGAGUGCAUUGCACCAAACACUUGCCACUGCGAAGACGGCUAUGAGGCGGUUAAUCAUUGUGCCCCAAUAUGCAGCAGUGGCUGCCCCAAUGGAUACUGCGAGACACCGGGAAAGUGUAGUUGCAACGAAGGUUACGCUCAAGCCGAUAAUCAAACUGACGCUGCUUGCCUGCCUGUUUGUGCAACAGAAUGUGGCGAGCAUCGCAGAUGUGUGGCACUCAAUACCCGAGAAAAUCUAAACUGAGUUCAAUUUAUAUAUUUAUGUCUUCUAUGUGAGCAUGGUAACUUUUAAUUAAUGUCAUGAAUAAAUUUCCAUUCUUAU